GCAGUGCGGGUGAGGUGUGUGUGUCGAUGCGCGACAAUCCCACUGCCUUCGGCCGGUAUAGUUAAAACGUCACUGUUAUUAGUCUAGUUGCCCCGCGGACACGGUACGACACCUUCACUAGCACCGGGCGUGAUUCAGUCGUCGCGCAGUGCUUCAGGUGAUCACACACUCGCUCUCUCACACACAAUGGCAGCUGGCCGAGUGUGUGCGGUGCGUAUCGUGCAUUUGUUUGGCUCCGUUUUUCUCGCUCCAGAAAGAAGCGUCCUUUGGACGAUCGCCGUCAGUUUGCUGCUGCUCCAGGGGCAGUGCCUCAGCCGGCUGAUCUGCCACUACACGACCUGGUCGCAGGGCCGGGCCAACCCAUACUCCUACCGGAUCGAGGACGUCCCGGGCGAUCUGUGCACGCACGUGGUGUACAACUUUGUCGGCGUGGACAGCGAGGAGUACGAGCUGGCGAUGCUGCAGCGCGAGAUCGACAUCGUGCAGAAUGGGUUCGGGCGGUUCAUCGAUCUGAAGCAGCGCUUCCCCGACCUGAAGAUGUACGUGGCGGUCGGGGGCUGGGAUCAUGGCGGGGCACCGUUCAGCCGGAUGGCGGCGUUUCGCAAUCGGCGCAAGAAGUUCAUCGAAAGUGUGGUCAAGUUUAUGGGGCGGUAUGAGUUUGAUGGCAUCGAGCUGGUGUGGCUGUACCCGGGCAGUGUGGAGCGGGGCGGCACCAACAACGAUAAGGACAACUUUGUCUAUCUGGUGGAGGAGCUGAAGACGGCGUUUCUGAGGGCGCGACAGCCGUGGGAGGUGGCGAUCCAGGUGCCGGCCGACCAUACCCGGUUUGAAGUGGGCUACGAUCAGAGUUUGCUGUGCGAGAGUGCUGACUUUGUGCACAUUGCCGGGUACGAUCUGCGCGGCUCGUGGACCGGCUUUGCCGAUGUGCACAGCCCGAUGACGGAUCGGCCGCACGAUCAGGGCAUCUACAAGGGGCUGAACGUGCGGGCGGGCGUUGAGUCGUGGCUCGCGAGCGGAUGCGCCCCGGAACGGGUCGUGCUGGGGGUACCGUUCCUCGGGCGUACGUACACGCUGCGCAACAGUCAGCAGAACGGUCUCGGUGCGGUGACGACCGGCCCUGGUCCGAAGGGUCAGCAUACGUAUAGUGCGGGCUAUCUGGGGUACUUCGAGAUCUGCCAGAAGCUGAAGGCUGAACGUAACUGGCGCACGGUUUGGGACGCGAUCGGGCAGUGUCCGUACGCGUACCGGGGCAACCAGUGGAUCGGGUACGAGAACGAGGAGUCGCUGAAGGAGAAGGUCGAGUUGGUGAAGAGCAAAGAGCUGGCCGGCGUCUAUGCGUUCUCGCUCGAUCUGGACGACUAUCGGGGCAAGUGCGGUGGCGAACCGUACCCGCUUAUGCGGACGCUGGCGGGAUUGCUGAAGAAAGAGCACCAAAGCGUAAUCGGGUUCGCGUUCGAGCGGGGUGAUGAUAAGUGAAGCGGGAGAGCGUGAGAGCGAAAGAUUACAUUUAAGUUAGUAACGUUAAAGAAAAGCAACAAGUAGGUGUUCCUAACAGCUGCACGGUAUUUAAAUAAAUGCUUAUUUAUCUCUUUUAA